GCAAGUGCUGUAACUCUGUCCAUUGAGACCCUGCAACUCCUUUCAUCAGGUAACAACUGCCAACUUUCGCAUUGUCAUGAAGGCAUUUUGUUGAGUUGCUUACUUCUUUCUUCACAUCUCUCUUCUAUACUUUCUUUUUUCUCUUUGUAUUUUCCUGCCUCAAAGAUUCGUAUUUAAUAUUUAAAUUACGCGCGUCCCUUGGUAUCUUAAGGCGUUGGUCUUUGACCCAAGGGAGCCAUCAUGUUCCAACGGUUCAAAAGCGCCAUCGACCGGACCAUCGCCGAAGAACAAGCCCGCUCACAGACAGCUUCGCAGUCCAGGAGCCCUUCGAGAACCGGCUCAACAUCGUCGCGCAAAGGUGAUGGUACACCAGCUCAACGCGCAAAGGCUAGGAAGCAAGCUGCAGAUGCUGGUGACGCACCUAACCCAGACCCUGCCGUAUUCGAAGCCGCUUUUGUGAUCGACGACGAGAGUGAGCCGAGCCGAGCUGCUACCCCAAUGCCUCCAGCUGCGAACGACGAUGCAAAGAUCGAUAAUGGCAACACUCAGAACAACGGAUCGGAUGAGAAGACCGCAGAUGCUGCCAAGGAUGAGGCCAGUUCGGGCAAGAACCACGAUGGUGGAGCUGACGCUUCAGCAGCCAAGCCAGAGGCGACGAAGUCUCAAGAGUUGAGCCCUGAGAUCCGCCAGAAGCUGCGCAAACUGGAGAAGCUCGAGGCAACCUAUCCCGAAUUACUUCGAUCUUACCGUGUUGCCCAUAGGCGAGCGACAGCAAUCGAACCAUUCGAGAAAGCCCUCCGAGAAAACACCCCCUUGACUUCUAUCAGCGACCCCGAAGCUCUUGUCGAGUAUCUCAACCAACUGAACCUCCGAAGCGACAUGGUGAUGCAGGAGCUGAAGAAGGUUUCGACAGAUAAGGAAGAGUUGCAGAAAAAGCACAACGAAACCGAGGAAAAGGCCAAGAAAUUAGAGGAAGAGCUUGCCGCACUCAAGUCAGGAGACUCUACUCAGCCAAAGACAGAGGAAUCUGAAGCUCCCAAGGACGAUAAGCACGAAGAUACACCCCCUGAGGUCCCCGAAAAGUCUAAAUCUCCUGUUUCCUCCGUCAUCGGAAUGUUCUCGCCCAAGCAUAAGCCGCAAAGGCCUCUAUCUGAGGUUACUGAAUCCAAGGACAAGAACGAGGAGUUCUUCUCUUACGACGAUGAAAUUCCCCAGCUUCAAGCUGACCUUACCUCGAAGUCUGAGGAAAUUGAGAAGCUCAAGUCCGAGGUCGAGGGUCUCCAGAAGGAGCUUACUACCGUCAAGGAGAACAGCGCUGGCCUGGUCGAGAACUUGGAGAAUGCGACUCGGGAGCUCAGCGAGUCUCGCGAUGCUGCCGCCGCCAAGGAAUCCCUGCUGACCCAGCUUGAUGAGCGCAACAAGGAGAUCGAGUCUCUGAACCAACGAUUAGAAGAGGCGCAAAAGCAACUCAAACAGCUCGAGGAAGACAAGAGCACGCAUAUAGCCAAGGUUGAUGAAUUGGAGGUUUCACUUGCUUCAUCAGACAAGCGCGCGAGCGAACUGGACGCUGAGUUGGCCAAGGCCUCAAACGCAAAGAACAUCUCCAAGAAACUGAUCGAUGACCUUAACAGCCAGAUCGAGCUUCUGAAGAAGGAAAGGUCUGAAAGUCAGACCAAGAUUGACGAUCUAACCAAGAAAUUGGAGUCGAAGCCUGUUCCUGCUACACCCACUCCUGUUGCAACUCCAGCGCCUGCGGCUUCACAUCCUGCCGCGGCUACGGGCGGCGGGAAUAAGAAGAAGAACAAAAAGAAGAAGGGCAAGGGCGGUGCCGGCGGUGCUUCUGCUGCUCCAGCUGUAGAGGCCGCUGUGGAGACUCCUGAGCCAGCAACUCCCGCUGAACCUGAAGGAAAUGCUGAGCUUGAGGCUGAGAUCGCUAAGCUGAAGGAGGAGGUUGCUGAGAAGGAUACGCAGAUUGAGCGUCUGAGCAGGAGGCGCAAGACUGAGGAGGACCUGCGCGAGGAGAUUGAGUCGCUUCAAGAGAACCUGCUCACAAUUGGUCAAGAUCAUGUUGAGGCCAAGGAGAAGAUUAAGGAGCUCGAGGCUGAGAAGUUGGAACUUAAGACACAGAUUGCUGAUCUUGAGAAGAAUAUCAACUCAUCUGCUUCGGAUGCCGAAGCUAGCACCAAGCUGCGAAGCGAGAUGGAUUCGUUGAAGACGGAAUACGACGAGCUCAAGGAGAAGACGAACACCCUGCAAGCCGAUCUGGGCGCUGCUCAGCAACUGGCCCAGAACCGAUUCAAGGACCUUACAGAACUACGUGAGGUGCUACAGAAGGCGCAGCCUGAGUUGAAGAGCCUGCGCCAGGAGUCUGCUACACUGAAGACUACGAGGGAAGAGCUCGCAACCAAGACCAAGGAGCUCAAGGAUAUGGAGAAGCGAGAGAAGGAUCUCAAGCGAGAUGUGGAGCGUGUUCAAAAGCUUGCGUCGGACCGCGAGACUGAGAUUAAGGGUCUACAGGAGAAGUUGGCAACCGAGACAAACGCCAAGCUUCGUCUUGAGGAUGCUCAACGGGUAUCUGGACGGGAUCUUCGCCGAUCUGAAGCUGAAAAGGUUGAGAUUAGUGCAAAGGCCGAGAAGACGGAGCAAGAGAUCAAGGCGGUUCAGGAAGAGCUCGGCAAGCUGCGACCCAAGGUGAAGGAACUUGAAGAGCAGAUGAACAAGUUGAAGCGGGAGAAGACGGCAGCGCAAGAGGAGGCCGAGUUCAAGACGCAGCAGUACAGCAAUGCCCAGGGCCUUUUGAGUAGUAUGCGAGACCAGACGGCGGAGAUGUCUGUGCAGUUGAAGGAGUCCAAGUCGCAGGCUGAGUCGCUGGAGGAGGAGCUUGCUGAGGUUCAGCGACUACUCCAGGAGCGUACCCGUGAGGGUGAGACGAUGCGACGACUGUUGGCGGAUGUGGAUGAGCGUGCCGAUAACAAGGUUCGAGAGAUGAGGGCACGAAUGGAGGCAGCUGUUGAGGAGCGAGAUCGAAUCGAGGACGAAUCGAGUACCCUUGCGCGACGCAAGACACGCGAGACAGAAGACUUGAAGCUGAAGCUGAAGGAUCUGGAGCGCGAGGUCAAGACUCUGACACAUGAACGAGAUGAGCUCGAGCAACGUGAGAAGGAGUGGCGCCGACGACGAGAAGAGCUUGAAUCGGUGGAAGAGAAGGCUGAAGCCGAGGCGGAUGAGCUCCGAACAACAGCAUCACAACUUCGCACAGCUUUGGAUGCAUCAGAGAAGCAAGUUCGCGAUGUGGAGAAGCAGCGAGCUGAGUUACGACGAAUGUUGGAGGAGUCAAGGCAACGAUACGAGAAGCUAUCCAAGGAUCUCAAGUCAGCGCAGACCAAGCUCGUAGCCAGUUCAAGCCGCAGUUCGUUCGACUCGGUGCGAAGCGGAAGCAAUGGCUCGCCAGCGGCUGGUGGAGCUCCAGAUACGGUCUAUCUAAAGACAAUUCUGCUGCAGUUCCUGGAACAAAAGGAUACCAAGCUAAGAGCUCAGCUUGUACCGGUGCUGGGCAAGCUAUUGCGCUUUGACAAGAUUACUUCCAGUGCCAGAAGGGACUUUCAGUACACUACAAAUAAAAUGUCAGGAACACAACCAGCAAGUGGUGGUGAGCACCGAGACUUUUCUCGAGAUGCUUUGUUUGAUCUCUCGGGCAAGGUUGCUCUCGUAACAGGUGGUGGCUCUGGUAUCGGUCUCAUGGCUACUCAAGCCCUCGCCGUCAACGGUGCAAAGGUCUACAUCACCGGCCGCACAAAGGAGAAGCUCGAUCGCGUCGUCGAGAAGUACGGCAAGAACAUCGCCGGCGAGAUCAUACCCAUCCAAGCCGACAUCGGUAACAAGGAGGGUAUUCAGAAGCUCUAUGAGGAGUACUCCUCCAAGGAGAACUGCCUCUGCAUUCUCGUCAACAACGCUGGUAUCUCAAGCAACUCUUUCCAGGUCGAGGCCGAUUCUGCGCAGGAGAUGAAGGAGAACCUUUUCGAUAACAAGGAUGCUACGUUUGAGGACUGGAACUCGACUUAUAACACGAAUGUUACGGGUGUGUACUUCACCACCGCUGCUUUCUUGCCUCUUCUGCAGAAGAGUAGUGAGAAGCAUCAGGGCUGGAGCUCAACUGUCAUCAACAUCAGCUCCAUCAGCGGCCUUAUCCAGAAGUCUCAGCACCACUUUGCCUACAACGCCUCCAAGGGUGCUGCCGUGCAUCUCACACGCAUGCUCGCCGCCGAGAUCGUCAGCAACAAGCUCAAGAUUCGCGUCAACAGCAUCGCCCCCGGUGUUUUCCCCUCUGAGAUGACCACCGAUGGCAGCGAUGAGGCGCAGAAGAGCUUUAUCCCCAAAGAAAAGUAUGAGGAGAAGGUUCCCGCUGGACGGGCUGGAAAGGAUCAGGAUAUGGCUGCUACAGUGCUGUUCUUUGCUACGAACCAGUAUUUGGUGGGACAGACUGUUGCUGUUGAUGGAGGUUACACUAUUGCCGCUGGUCAGUAAGGGAAGGGGACAUGAACUGUACUAUAGAAGGACAUGACAUAAUGAAUCAACCGUAAUGAUUGCCAAAGACAACUACAAUUCGUGAGGGGGUGAUUAUAUUUUCGGUGGUCAAAUGGGUUAUAUUCACUGGCAUAGCUGCGGCGCGGCUUGCAAAGCGAACACCAGCUGGAAGUGAAGGAAG